AAAGCGAUCCCAUCUCUCACUUCCGGAACGAACGUAAACAUGGCUUCUGAAAGUUUGGCGCCAUCUACGAGUAAUGACUCCGAAACUAGCUGCGUGUCGAUGGUGGAUGUGCUAAGGGAGGAGGAGGAAUUAGAGGCAGAUGCAACAGCCGUCCUAGGAGACAGUGACAUCCACAACUGUACAUACCCAGCGGGUUACAUUCCAAGGCAGGCCCUUUAUUCCUGUUUAACCUGUAAUGGACAAGCUGGGGUGUGUCUCGCCUGCAGCUAUGAAUGUCAUGAAGGUCAUGACCUGUGUGAACUCUACACCAAAAGAAAUUUCCGAUGUGACUGCGGCAAUGACAAGUUUCCCAACAACAAAUGCAAGUUAUAUCCAACUAAAGAUGCCUUUAAUGCCCAGAAUACAUACAACCAGAACUUUAAAGGACUGUACUGUGUGUGUACGCGGCCCUACCCGGAUCCCGAGGAUGAGAUUGAGGACGAGAUGAUACAGUGUAUUAUAUGUGAGGACUGGUAUCAUGGGAGGCAUCUUGGAAACAAAGACAUACCAUCAGACUAUGAGGAAAUGAUAUGCACAGGAUGUAUGCAGAAGUAUGAUUUCCUUUGGGCCUACAAUAUCUACAGUCAAGAAACAAAGAAAAUUGAGUCAGCCGAGAGUACAGAUGCUGUUGAUGUGGGAGAGAAACGGAAGAGAAGUUGUAGUCCUGAGGGAGGAGAAAGGAAGAGCAUGGAGACCUCACUACCUACGUGUAAGGGGGACGCAGAAACUACCUGCUGUGAUACUGAACCUGUGAUGAAGAAAGCCAAGGUAGAGAAGUCUGAGAAGGAGCCAGAGGCAGUCGAUCCUUGUGUUCUGAAACAGUUACUGAGCCGCGAGGAGAUGGCCCGAGAUUGUGCCACCUUCUGGAAGGCUGGGUGGAGAAACAAGCUGUGUGUAUGUCCAGACUGUAAGGAGAUGUACAAAGACAGAGGGAUAUCAUUUAUCAUUGACGAGUCUGACACGGUGACGGCAUAUGAGAAGAGGGGAAAGGAUAAACAGACGCCGUCGUCCCAGUACGACAAGGGACUACAGGCUCUGUCCAGCAUGGACCGCAUUCAGCAGGUCGAAGUCAUACAAGGAUUCAAUGACAUGAAGAGUGAGCUGAGUACCUAUCUGAAAAAGUUUGCAGACGAUGGAAAGGUUGUAAAGGCGGAAGAUAUCAGAGAAUUUUUUUCUCAUAUGGAAGCAAGGAAGCGGCAGCGGGCGGCUGCUCCAUUCCAAUAUUUUUGUAAGUGAGGACGCAAUAGUUACCAUGGAAAUUGGUGGUUACCAUGGAAAUUGGCGAUGUUCCAAAUCUGGCAUAAAACAAAAACUGGAGCAGGAGUCAAACACAAAAGAAACAUUAUUCAACUAUGUGGUUAAAGUACAGAGACUUCAGUUGGGAAUUUGCUUCCUUUGGGGAAUUUCUUACUUAAUCAUUCUAUAUCGUGAAAUUUGAUAUGCUGAAUUGUUAAUUUAUAAUUUGUGAAAGGACCACCAACAGAUGAUUGCAGUGGUGAGGAAUCCUCACCUGACAGAGGUGUGAAUGUUGAGCAGCGAAAGUGGUGUUUUGUGACUUAGGAUAUGCUAUUUUGAUAUUGUUCUCAUAUUUCUUUUAAUAUUUUGUAUCUUGUUUUAAAUCCAGUCUGUUUCAUAUCUAUAAUGACUGUAUUCAUUGUAAAAUGUUUUUAGAGAAAUUCAUUGAGAGACAUUCUGUUCUCCUGAAGAUUCAUGAUAAUAUUGUGUUAGAUAAUGUCAGAAUUUUAUGUGUAACUCAUAUGUUGUUUAAGUCGAUUUUUUUUAAACUGUCACAUAAUAAAAAUUUUGAUUCAUAUCAA